UAGUAGUUUAAAUUCAGGCAUAGCACGUGUUUGUAAUUCGUUUCAUAUCAAGUACUAUUUAUUUUUUAUAUUUAUUACUGUCUGAUACUUGAUUUAAUUCAUAAAGAAAAUGCCACGUUCUACAAGAGAUUCAGAAGAAGAAGUAGAUCCAAAGCCCGGUCGCAAAACUCGUUUAACUGAUGUAGUAUCAGUCGAUUCACCGCUUCGUCGCAGUUCUCGAAUUAAAUCAGUUAAGCAAAAUGAAUCCUCACCCGAAUCACUUUCAAGUGAUACUAGUAACGUUAGUAAUACCCAGACGAAAGUAACAAGGAGACGAACGGGUAUAAUGGAUAAUACUACUACAACUGAAAAACAAAGGUCCUUACGUUCUAGAAUGAAUUCUGGAUCUUUAGAUGUUAGUGAAGUCACAGAAAAUGGCACUAAUACUAUGACACCAACUAAAAGAAAUAGAAAUAGUAUUACGGGUGAUGUGCUUAACAAAACUAAUAAUCGAAGAAGUACACAAUUUACAAGAGCUGGUUCAGAGUCAAAAACAUCACCAAUAAGAGUUACACGUAAUACCAGAUCCACUUCCAUGGAACCUGAAAGCGUUGCAGUAAAUAAGUAUAUGGACAAAAAUGAAAGUGAAUGUGUACAUACAUCCAGUAGGAUGAGAAGACGAACAUUAGUAGUACCUUCAGAAGCUACUGUUGUAGAGGAGAAAGAAGAGAAUAUGAAAGUUGUAGUGGUGAAAUUAGAUCGUACAUUACCUAAUGUUAGCGAAGUUAAAGAAAUGGAUUUAAAUGAUCCCCUUAAAUCAGCCCAGAAACAUGAUCCAAUGUCAAGUGCAGAAGAUAAUCUUAAUUCAAGUUGCCAGUCUCUAAAUGAAAAAAGCAUAGAAAAUAGUAGUGUUAAGGAACUACCUAAUAAUAUCGCGGAAAAACUAAAAGAAGAAGAAUCAGCAAAUGAUUCAUCAACAUUAAAAAACAAACCUACAAAAGAAUCAGAAUCAAAUGAACAAAAAUCCGAGUCCAUUCAAGAAACAUGUAACAAGGAUCAAGGAAGUGAACCUGUUGAAGAGACGCCAACUGAGCUUAAAGAAGUACCAAUAAAAGAAGAAGAAUCAGCGAAUGAUUCAUCAACGUUAAAAAGCAAACCUACAGAAAAAUCAGGAUCAGAUGAACAAAACUUCGAGUCCAUUCAAGAAACAUGUAACAAGAAUCAAAGAAGUGAAGUUAUUGAAGGCAAUGAUUCUGACAUAACUGCAACAAAUUCAUUACAAGAUAUUCCAGCUACUGAAUGGAAAGAAAAGAAUGUAGCUAAUGAUUCAGUGUUUGAAAUACGAAAUACAGAAGAUAUGAAAAUACAGAAGAAGGAUGCUUUUGAUUACACGUCAGAAUUAGCUGUAGAAAUACAUUCAUUAAGUGAACCUAUGCUUAAUGCAAGUUCAGAUAAGAAUGUUCCUUUAAAAAUAUCUUCAGAUUUAAGUUCUUGUGAGAGUAUUGAACUUGUACAAUGUAUGGAUGAUGUAAUGACAACAGAUGAUGAGAAACUUACAGAAACUAGUCUUACAUUGAAUAAGGAAACCACAAAAGUACAUAAUGAAGAAUCUAAUGAAAUUGUAAAUGAUUCUACUAUUUCAAAUAUAGAGAAAACUAUUAGUGCAAAUGAAGAAUCUGGAAAAGAUAAUAUCAAAUCAAAUACAAGUAUGAAUGAUAAGGAUGAUAUCAAGAAAGAAGUUCAUAAACCGGAUACUUUAGGAAAUGUGCAGAAUGAUUAUGGAAUGAGUUGUACAAACACUUGUUCGUCUCCUAAUUCAACAAAUACAGUGCCAUUAACUUCGCCGGAUAAAUCGUCGACCGCAAAUCCUGAAUGCUCUCCUAUUUUAAAGAAUAAAGAGACAUCUGAACUUAAAAGUAUAAAUAAAACAAAUACAUCGUUCCCUAAUACGAAUAGUGGUAAAUCUUCUAACGCAGAUCAAGAUAGCGUAACCGACGUAGUUAAAAGUAGUCCACCCGUCACUGUUACAGAGCCGGCUGUUACGCCAACUGAGCAUGAUGAAAAAGUACCAAAAAAAGGACUGAAAGAAGAAGAAUCUACAAAUGAUUUAUCAACGUUAAAAAAAAAACUUACAGAAAAAUCUGGAUCAGAUGAACAAAAAUCCGAGUCCAUUCAAGAAACAUGUAACAAGAAUCAAGAAAGUGAAGCUGUUGAAAGUAAUGAUUCUGACAAAAUUGCAACAAAUUUAUUUCAAGAUAUUCCAGAUGUUGAAUGGAAAGAAAAGAAUAGUGCUAAAUCUACUAACACAGAUGGGGAUAGCGUAACUGAUGUGGUUAAAAGUAGUGCACCUUUCACUGUUACAGAGACGCCAACUGAGCUUGAUGAAGAAGUAACAAAAAAAGAAGAACUAAAAGAAAAAGAAUUUGCAAAUGAUUCAUCAACGUUAAAAAAUAAACCUACAGAAAAAUCAGGAUCAGAUGAACAAAAAUCCGAGUCCAUUCAAGAAACAUGUAACAAGAAUAAAGGUAGUGAAGCUGUUGAAAGCAAUGAUUCUGAUACAACUGCAACAGAUUUAUUUCAAGAUAUUCCAGCUGCUGAAUGGAACGAAAAGAAUACUGAUGUUGAUAAGAAUUCGAUACAUUUAGUGUCAACAGAGCAACUUGAAAAUGAAAUGGAAGCUGAAUGCGAUCUCGUUUUAAUUGACAAAGAAGCAUCUGAAAAUAUGAAAGCAGCAAGGGAGAAAGAAGCCUCUGAUUAUGACUCGGAUGAGAGUGUUGUGUUAAAAUUACGAUUGGAUUCUGUAAUAGCACAGAAGAAUGAAAAAACGAAAAUGAAUAAAUCAGUAGACAAAAUGAAUGAUAGUAAAGACGCAACUUCAAAUGAAAAUGACAUAGACAAUGAAACGACAAAUACAAAAGAUUUGGAUGAAAUAGAAAAUAAAAAUCAGGAUACAUCAAUAACAGAACAACGAACUGAACAUUCUGCUUCGAGUCGGAAAUUACGUGAGAGAAAACGUUCAAACGAAUCUCAUAAAAUAACGGAAGCGGAGGAGAAUUUGUCCGAAAGUAUUACAAAAAAACAAAAACCGCUUAACAAGUCAACCUCUAAAGCAGAUGUAAGCAGAAAAUCUUUGAAUAAAUCUAUUCAAAAAGAAAUGGAAAGUGAAAGUACAUCAGCUAAAAAAAGUAAAGAGAAACAAUCCUUAAAUAUUUCUUCAAAAAAACAAAGAAGCUGUAUAGAAGAAUCUGAUACUGAAGCUAAAGACUCCAGCAUUUCUGAAAAGAAAAGUAAUGCUAAAAAGAAAUUCAGUAGAAAGCGUUCGACAAUAAGGACCAUUCAAUCUAAUUCUGAUGAUAAUAACAGUGAAUCUGGUGAUUCUGCAAAUAUAGAGUUACCUAAAUUUAUGUUAGAUGAAGCAUCUAAUACUGGCAGUAACGAAUCUGAUAAAAGUAUGGACUCUGAUAUUGAAAAAGAAUACAAUCUUGGUGGUAAAGAUACUUCGAAGUUUUCUGAUGAUGAUGUCCGAGGAGAUGAAUGCAGAGCAUCAGAAACAGAAUCAUCGGAUCCAGAAGAUAAUGGAUCAGAUCUUGAAGAUUUUAUUGUUGAUGAUGUUGAAGAAGAUGAAGAAAGUGAAGAAGAAGGAGAGAAAGCCAACGAGAAAAUUGAAAUUGAAGAAUUACAUACUGAUGAAAACACUCGAGAAAAUCAGGAAAAAGAAAUAAAAGAACAAGACGAAGCAAUGCAAGUGCAAGAACCAGAUGUUAUUGAGGACAAGAUAAAAGAAGGUAUAACUGAAGAAGAAUUACAAAAUGAGAACGAACAAGAAAAUAUUGAAGAUGUAGAUAAAUUAAUAAAUACCUCUAGCAAACAAAAAAGCAAAUUAGAGAUAUCUGACCGUUUAAGCAGGUCUCAAACUAAUAGGAAGAAAAAGCUUAAAAAAGUAGAUACAUCUCAAAGUGAAAAAAGUGAAAAAGAGAACAACUUAUCUGAUUUGUCGUUAAAACAGAAAGUACUCAGUGUAGCUGACAAUAUUUUAGAGGUCGACCGUCAGAAAAAGCGUAAAAAAAGAAAACAAUCAGCGGAGAAAAAUAAUACUACUAUAUUAAUUGAAGACAGUUUUCUUGAAGAUAUAGAUUCGCAAAUCGUAAGUAAAGAUAAAAAUGUUGUUUCUACCAUUGAUGCUGAUAAAAAUAAAAAGGUUGAAAAGGUAUUUUUAAAUGAAAAGAAGAAGAGACAGAAAAUAACACAUACUGAUAUUAAUAAAGAUGUUGAAGAAGAAGUAUUACAUGAAGAAAUCACUGAUACGAAGACAAAAAUUACUAAAAAGCCUAAAAAAAUAAAGAAGAAACAAGAAAAAGAAAUAACUGAAAAUGUUCCAGAUAUUUGUUCAGGAAAUCAAGUAUUAGGGAAGAAGAAGAAGAAAAUUUCGGAACCUUUGCUAAAUGAAGAAAUUACAACUACUAGGAUAUCUAAGAAAACACCAAAAUUAUCAAAAGACAUUGUACUGCAGGAUGAUGAAACAGCAGUUGAACAAUUGCCUAAAAAAAAGAAAAAAUUAUUGUCGAAAGAUGCUUCUUCACAAGAAAAAGUUCUAGCUAAAACGUUAGAUAAGAAACAAAAUUUAUCAUCUAAUGAUACUUCACAAAAUAAAAAUAUUUCAGCUGAAAAAUUAUCAAAGAAACAGAAUAAAUUAGUGGAAAAAGUUGCAAAUAGUGAAGUAAAACCUGUUAAAAAAUCUAUUAAAUUACAACAAUCGGUGUCGGAUUCAAAUGAAGGACCAACAAUCGUUAAAUUUUCUGAAGUACGGGAGGAAGCAUUAAAAGCGGUAAAACGUAUUACUGAUGGUAUAAAAGUUACUAAGGAAAAGAAAAACAAAAAACAAAAGGAAAGAAUGCAAGAAGUAGAACUUGAAAAUGAAAAACCAAAAUCCAAAAAGCAAAAGAUUAUAGAUAACAAAACAACAAGCACAAAGGGUAUUAAACGACUGUCUGAUGAAUUUCUUGAAAACCUUUCUGACGUUCCAUCGAAACCACUGAAAAAGAAGAAGUUAUCAGAGAUAAAAAAUCAAACAUUACCAUCUCGUUCAAUGUUUGAUUCAAGGGCUAACAAAGUAGAAAAUGUAUAUGUGGAAGAAGAUUUCGAUACGGUAAGUUCCUAUGGAGGUACAACUCAGUUUGCUGUUGAAAACAUUCAAAAAAUGAAGAAAAAAAAGAAAAUUCCAGGCGUAGUUUCGUUUAAGCAAAAAAUGAUCGCUAGAAAUUCAAGGCAACCUGUAUCUGCUUAUUUAAUGUAUUUAGAGAAACAAAAGAUAGCAGGUAAAGACACAUUUUGUAAUAAGCCAUACUGAAGUAUCAAUUUAUGUACUUCUUUUUUGUAAUAUAAUCUGCAGGUUUAAAAAACAUAACUUUAAAUAUUAUAUGUGAAAACGAAUAUUGUUUGUAUUAUGAAAUAAGUAUAAAUGCUCUAAGUAUCCGUCACCCUCCUUUUCUGGUCCAGUUUCCUGUUUAAUGUAAUUGUGUGCUUUUUAUUAAAUUACUAAUCUUUA